UAUGAAACAAUCUACAAGUGUUAAGCGUACUGUAAAAAAAUCACUUGUAGAUGAUAAAGAGGUAGUUAAGCGUUCUUUGAGUCGCGAAAGAUCUCAAAUUAAGGUUAAUGAUAAAACGGGAACUAGUAAAGAUAGUAAAAGUAGAUUAAUAAGAAAUUCAUCAAACGUAGGGACCAAAUCAUCAGCUUUAUCAAAUCCAACAUCAAAAAAUGUUCAAAAAACGGUUACAUCGACUCUAAAAUCUAGGCCAACUGCAUUACAGUUAAGUAAUAUAAAAAAAAUUGAGAAUGAACGACAAAUUAAAGAAUUAAAAAAGCAAAGUAGUACAAGUCGACAAACAAUGCAUAAAACCAGUUCUCGAGUUACAACGACGAAAUAUAUUCCUGCAAAAACAAGCUCUAAACAAAAUUCAUUUAUAAAAAAUGAUACAAAGCCACCAGAUAGCACAAGACGAGAUCGUACAGUUAAAAAUACUAGCGAUAAGAUAGUAAAGCCAAUUCGUUCUAAAAGUCGUACUUUAAGCCCUAGUGAAGUAAAAAUUCUAAGAAAUCCUAGUCAAACAGAUGAUACAGUAAAAGUUCCACAAAGUAAACCUACCCCGAUUAAAAAAGAUUAUACGCCUGAGGUAAAAGCACAUGAGAGUCCCCCUUCAGAGGAUUAUAAUUACGAGGACGAUUUCGAUUCAUAUGAAUCAGAUUUCGAACAAUAUUCAUCGUCGCAUUCCUCAAGUUCUUCAAGUACUUCGGAUGAAAAAUUAGAUAUUGGAUCAAUUAGUAGUUCAAGCAGUUCAGAAUCCGAAGAGGAUAUGCCGGAUAAAACAAAGGAAAUCAUUAUCUCAAAACAACUUCAUGUUGAAGAAGAGAAAAAAAUGGAUUCGGGUAAUUAUGAUCUUAGAGAAUCAAAACGAACCAAAACAUUAAACGGAAUUAAGGAAGCCAUCGAACGUGAAAAUUCAUAUGUAAAAAAUAUUCAAGAUACAUCAUUUUCGGAUGAAGGAUUUGAUGAAAAACCUGUACGCUUAGAAAAACAAAUUCAAAACUCGAAAAAAAUGCGAAAACGCGGUGAAGAUAUUUUAAGCAUGAUAACGCUGGAUACGUUAAGUGCGAAUUUAUUAGAAAUGUUGCCAAUUCCUUAUGAAAUGUAUAUGUUAAAUUAUGGACGAGGGGAAACUCAACAAAUUUAUUCCCAAACCAACGAUGAGGAUUUGUCCGAAGAAGUUCAAACGGAUGAAAUCGAAAUGAAAAAUAUGUGGACCCAAAAUCCAACUGAAUAUUGUGGCAAAAUAAAAACAAUAGAAGAUAUUUUAGAAUGUAAUUACUUCUUAAAUGGAGUUGGAGGUGAUUCAGUUGUGAGAGCUGAACAAAAAAUCGUUAAUAUGGAGAAAUUAAAUAUAUUCCUACGAUCAACUUCGGAUGUAGUUCUAAGAUUACUUUCAAAUAAGAAUACCGUGGAAGCGUGUACUAAAGCCACGUUACCAUUUAGUAUAGGAUACAAAGCGUUAAAUACUUCAUUACAAUUUUUAAUUAAUCGUCCCAUGAGAAUACUCGAAUAUUCGAGAUCGAGUAAUAUAUUUAUAUUAACUGUACAUGAUUCGAAUUUAAAUGAAUUCAUGCCGGAAGAUCAACAGUUAUUUGCGAGAUCAUUAAUAUGCAUCUGGGAUUUAUUAGAUAUAUCGAUUCCGAGUAAAUUGUUAAUCUCGAACGAUAACGUGACUGCAGCUUGUUUUGAAUAUUCGAAAACGAAUUUAAUAUUUGGUGGAUUACAAAAUGGUGGAAUAAGUGUUUGGGAUCUAUCGGAGCACGUUUCAUAUCAUAAAACCGUUAAAGAUGAAUUAGAUAAUAUUUGGACGUUACGAACACCGACAUUUGUAAAAGAACCAGAAGAUUGCAAAGAUUUGGUUCUUGACGAAGUUGUAGCCAUUAAAUCAAUAGCUAACGAUGAAAAAUCAUUAUACGGUCAGGUCUGUUCGUUAAAUAAACGGGGACAAUUAGUUAUAUGGAUUGUAAUUACAUCAAAUUUAUCUGAAGGACAAGUGCAAUUAGUUCAAGGGUUAGCUUAUUGGGGUCGAAUACGAUUAUCUCCGUCCAUUUCAGUCAAUGUGAACAAUUUUUUAAACUGUACGAGCACUGAUUUGGAAUGUUAUGAUUUACAAAUUGAUAGCAAAGAUCCAAAUCAUUUAUAUAUUUCAACGAAUUAUGGUUUUGUUGUUCAUUGUUUAACGUUAGGAACUAAGGUUACGCCGAAAUUAUACGAAUCGAAUACUGGUUAUAACUCACCAACAACUUGUGUCGAACCCUGCCCUUUCAAUCAACCAUACUUUUUAGUUGGAUGUACAGAUGGCAGCAUUCGUUUGCAUUCGCGCUACGCAUCGAAAUCUUUAACAACAUUACUUGGUGUUGAAGAUAAUUUAAAAGAAAAUUCUAUUAAAUUAAUACAAUGGUUAAAAUCAAAACCAUUUUGUAUAUUUUCUUUAGAUGUUAAUAAUACUCUACAUAUUUGGAAUCUAGAAAACAGUGAUAUUUAUCCAAUAUAUUCCAUACCGUUUAAAGAGAAAAUUUCUACAAUUAAAGUGUUACCAAUUCAAAAUGAUAGGAAAACUCACUUGGUAAUGGGAUAUGAAAAUGGCAAGAUCGAAUUACAUGAAAUGAAUGAAGAAUAUGCAUUUAAAACAAUGGAUCAUGUGGCAAAUAAUAAUAUCGACCCUGAAAUUAAAAAUGAAACAUCACCGGAAAUUAAUGAUUCAGGAAAAAUUAAUAAGGAGGCUAAUUAG